AUGUUGAGUUUAAUCUCCCUUGUAUUAGCCGUUACCUCGGUAGCUAAUUGCGGAGUAUUACAUGGAGAUCCACACGAAAACCUUAGCCCUCCCGCACCAGGACUUGAUUUCAGUUCUGGCUACGGAGACCAUGCGCCCAGCAUUCCCCUAGGACCUGCUUUACAACCCAUCGCUUCAGGAUCUAUAAACGCCGAAUUUGGAGGUUCCAGUUUUGCAUCCGCUGGAGCAUCGUUCGGUGGAAGCUCAGCUGCAGGAGCCUCAUUUGGUGAGGCAUCAUCAGGAUCAUCGUGCUGUGGAAGCUCUGGUCAUUCAUCUGCAGGUGCUUCAUUUGGAGGUGCUUCAUCAGGCUUUUCAUCAGCAGGAGCAUCCUUUGGUGGCUCGAGCCACGGAAGUGACUUUUCUGGAUCUUCAUUUGGCGGUGGAGCCAUUGCAGGUGGGGCAGCUUCAGUAGAACAUGUUGGAGGUGCCAGCUUCGGUGAAUCACAUUCAUUUGGAGGCUCGUCUAUUGGAGGAUCUAAUGGUGGUUUGAGCUUAGGUGGUCACUUCGGAGGUGCUGACUUGGGAGGUUUAACUGGAGGUUCAUUUGGAGGUUCCGGCCUAGGAGGAGGUUUUGGAGAUGCGGGAACUGGUAGUUUCGGUGGUGCGGGAGCUGGUGGAUUUGCUGGUGCGGGAGCUGGUGGUUUCGGUGGUGCUGGUUCUGGUGGUUUUGGUGGUGGCUCAAUAGGAGGUGGAUCAGGAUUCUUAAGCACCGAUCAUGAUAUCAGAAACCACGGUCCUUUGACUGAUGGUGGUACCACUUAUGACCACAAAUAUGAACGUGUUAGAGUGCCACAACCCGUCCCCGUUCAAGUACCAGUAAAUAGACCAUAUCCAGUACCAGUGCCAGUGCCCAGACAUGUAGAUAGACCCAGGCCAGUUCAAGUAGAUGUUCCAUUCCCCGUACGAGUAGAAGUCAACAGGCCAGUGCCCGUGCCAGUACCACGUCACGUUCAAGUACCAAUAAAGACCCCAAUAUACCACAAUGUACCAACGCCAGUUCAUGUCAAGGUACCAAAACCUUAUCCAGUCGUAGUUUCCAAACCAUAUCCAGUCCACGUUCCAGUUAAAGUAUUUGUUAAGGUACCAGUACCAGUGCACGCCGAAACAACAGCCCCACUGGGCGUGCACGCUCACGGAGGUUUGGUCACAAUAAAGAAAAUUGUCCAUCAUGGCCAUGGAUGGAAUAACGGUUGGUAG